GAAGCUCGACAUUACUCAUGUGCUUUCUGUGGUCAACUUCCCCAUCCAGAGGGACCUCAGCGGCUACACCACACUCCAGCUGCCGCUGCAGGACUCGGAGGCCUCCAACAUGCUGCAGUACCUGCCCGCGGCCAUCAAGUUCCUGGACGCGGCGCUGGGGCCCGGCAGUAGCAAUGGCAGCAGUGCUGGCAAUGGCAGUAGUAGUUCACACGGGCAGGAGCAGCAGCAGCAGCAGCAGCAGCAGCAGCAGCAGCAGGGGCAGGGGCAGGGGCAGCAGGAGCAGGGACAGCAACGGCCGGCGGCAGGCGGCGGCGGCGGCGCACGUGUGUUGGUGCACUGCCAGGCGGGCGUGUCGCGGAGUCCAGCCGUACUGGCGGGCUGGCUGAUGCGCAGUCGGGGCCUGUCCUCCGACGAGGCCCUCCGGCUGAUCCGCGCCGGGCGCCCCUGCGCCGACCCCAACGAGGGCUUCGCGGCCCAGCUGGUGCUGUUCGGCGACAUGCGCUGCAGCCUGGACGCCCAGCACCCCGUGUACCGCAUGUGGGUGCUGGAGGAGCUGGGCAGCAAGUGGGAGGAGGAGGGCUACGUGGACCCGGACGCCUUCCCGCAGCUGCCGGAGCAGCCGGCGGCGGCGCUGGCGGCCGGCCACAGCUGCUACCGCUGCCGCAAGUGCCGGCAACUGCUGGCCACCUCCGCACACGUCAUGCCCGUGGAGGCAGCCAUGGGUCACCGUGUGUUCCGGGACCGGCAGCGGCGCCUGGUCACCUCGCUGGGCAGCGGCCCGCCGGGCAGCGAGGCGGGCGGCAGCGAGUCGUGUCUGUUUGUGGAGCCGCUGGCCUGGAUGGCGGGCACGGUGACGGGCGUGGUGAGCGGCAAGCUGCACUGCCCCAAGUGCGCGGCGCGGCUCGGCUCGUUCAACUGGUCGGGCAUCUCCAACCCCCAGGGCGCCUGGGUGACGCCCGCCUUCCUGCUGCACAUGUCCAAGGUCGACACCGUCACGCCCCAGCCCCUGGAGGCGCUCGCCAACGUCCGCCGCCCGCUGGUGCUGCCGCGGGCGCAACCCGCCGCCGCCACCCGCACCGCCGCCUCUGACGCCGACGCCGCAGCCACCAGCACCGCCGCCGCCCCUGGCGCCUCCGCACCUGCAGCUACAGCCUCAGGCGCUGCUGCUGCGUCUGCUGCUACCGCCGCGGUCAUAGCGGCUGUGCCCAGCCUGCCAGCCGACCUGCCCGCUCAGCUGCGGCGGCUGGGGCUGGGCACUGCGGGCCCGGGGCAGGAGGAGGAUGAGCCGCAGCUGCCCGAGCCGCGGCUGCAGCUGGGGGUUGAGGGAGGGGUUGAGGGAGAGGCGGAGGGAGGGGCGGAGCCGGCGGGCCGCGCCUCUAGCGGUGCAGCGGCGUCCACCUCCUGUACCUCCUCCUCUACAGCAGCAGCAGCAGGAGCAGGAGCAGCAGCAGGAGCAGCCACUGCCGCUGCCGCUGCCACUGCCGCUGCCACUGCCGCUGCCGCUGCCUCCGGCUGUUGCUGCAGCUCGCGCUGGUUCACGCACCUGAUCCUGGACUGCGACGGCGUCAUGGUGGACAGUGAGGCCGCCAGCUGCGAGGUGACGGGUUUUGACAUCCCACACGCCUUCCCACACGACUACACGGAGGUGUUUGGCAUGGACGUGCGCAGCUGUGUGGCGCACUACCGUGCCAAGUUCGGCAGGACCGAGUGGGAGUCGCCGGAGGCCCUGGCCCCGCGGGUGCAGGCGGCCAAGGAGGGCCACUACAGGGAGCUCACGGCGGGCGGCAUAAAGGCGUUUGCGGGGGCCGAGGCGCUGCUGCGGCGGGCGCUGGCGGCGGGCAUGAAGGUUGGCGUGGCCUCCUCCGGCGCGCCCGACAAGAUCGCGCGCAACCUGGCCUCCAGCGGGCUGGCGCCGCUCAUCCCGCCCGGCGCGGCGGUGUCGGCGGCGGCGGUGGCGGCCGGCAAACCCGCGCCUGACGUGUACCUGGAGGCCAUGCGGGUGACAGGCUGCACCGACCCCUGGCGGGCGCUUGUGGUGGAGGACGCAGUGAACGGUCUCAUGGCCGCGCGCGCCGCCGGCAUGUUCGCCGUCGGCAUCACCAACCAGCUGCCGGCGGCGCUGCUGGCGCCCUGGGCGCACCGGGUGGUGGCACACCUGGACGAGGUGGACCCGGCGGGGCUGGAGCCGGGGGCGGGCGACGUGCCGGGCGUGCCGGCGCCCGGGGUGUAGGGCAGAGCGAUGUGUGCAGGGCGGUGUGUGGGUGUGGGUGUGGGUGAGGAGGAGGAGGAGGAGGAGGAGGAGGAGGAGGAGGAGCUGUGGCCCCUGGAGAGCUGAGGCCAUAGGUAGCCUUGGGAAGGCGGUAAGGGUGGGUUAGGUGUGAUGGGGUGACAGGUCGUGACAAAGAGCGAAUGCGGUGGGGGGGUUAUGAGCAGGUGUGCGGUGGAUUCAGUCUUGCACUCAACGGGAUUUAGGCUGAUGAACGAACGGGAAAUGCGGUGAGGGGUGGACCCGGUAGGGGGGGGGGAGUGGAGCAGGAGUGGUCUGGCAGGCAGGCAGGCAGGCAGCUACGCAGGUAUGCAUGGGGGCGGCUCAUGGUUGACACCAGGGGGGCUGUGUGAAGACAAGAUGAAGACAUGGUCGGGCAUACGACUAGGGUGCGGAAGACGGGAGGAGACUUGAGAGGCACAACCGCGCAACAGAGCGUGCGGCCUUCGCAACCGCGCAAGAUAAGCAUCAGCUGAGCGGUUCAUGGUGCUCAAGCAGUGCGUGUCAUCGUGUAAUGGUAUGGGACC